UGUGCUGCCCACCCGCCCGAACUCAUGACGUGCUCGCCCGGCCUCGUGGUACCCCUGCUGGGUCUGGGCCUGGGGCUGGCCCUGAGCCUAGCCGGAGCUGUGGCCGCCGACUGUGGGUCCUUCGCUCCCGCGGAGCAUCUGGUAUUCACUCCCGCAGCCAGGACGCGAUGGUUGGUCCCUCGUGUCCGCGCGCCGGGGCCCCUGGACUCCCUCUAUGGCACCGUGAGGCGAUUCCUCUCCGUAGUUCAGCUCAACCCCUUCCCGUCGGAGUUGAUAAAGGCCCUGCUGAAUGAUCCAUCUUCUGCAAAGACGGAUGAGGUGGUUCGGUAUGAGGCAGGCUACGUGGUGUGUGCUGUGAUUGCUGGCCUCUACCUCCUAUUGGUGCCCGCUACUGGGCUCUGCUUCUGCUGUUGCCGUUGCCGCCGGCGCUGUGGGGGCCGAGUGAAGACGGAGCACAAGGCCAUGGCCUGUGAACGCGGCACUCUCAUGUCCUUUCUGCUGCUGACCACCCUCGUGCUUCUGAUUGGUAUGGUCUGUGCUUUUGCUACGAACCAGUACACACAUAGUCAGACAGGCCCCAGUGUGGAAGCUGUCCCUGAGACCCUGCUCAGCCUAAGAGGCCUGGUGUCUGAUGUGCCUGGAGAGCUUCAGGCUGUGGCUGAGCGGUUCUCUGUGCCCCAGGAGCAAGUCUCAAAGGAGCUGGAUGGUGUCGGUGAGAAUCUUGGGAACAUAAUUCACAACCAGCUCAAGAGCACAGUGUACCCGGUGCUAGCCUCAGUGCACAGCCUGGGCCAGGCCCUGCAGGUUUCCACAAACCACCUUCGAGCCCUGAACACCACCUCCGUGGAGCUGCAGGAGGCGCAGCAGCACCUGGAACCACCUGUGCGGGCACACCGGGAGCGCCUGCUCACCUUGCUUCAGGAGAGCUGGUGCCGCGGGACCUGCAAGGGGGCCCUAAGCCAGGCCAGUGCCCUGCAGCUGGGUGCUGACUUCAGCCAGGUGCCCCCUGUGGAUGAUGUCCUGCAUCGGCUGAAGAAUGUCCCAGAGGCCAACUUCUCCAGCAUGGUCCAGGAGGAGAAUACCACCUUCAAUAGCCUCCCGCUCCUGGUUGCAGUGCAGACGGUCAGUGUGGUCCAAGAUCUGAAAAAGGCGCUGGCUGAGCAGCCUGAAGGUGUGAGGAUGCUGGCCCAAGGGUUCCCAGGUUCAGAGGCAGCUUCCCGCUGGAGCCAGGCGCUGGAGGGGCUGGAACAGCGCAGCCGCCCCUACUUACAGGAGGUGCAACAAUACGAGAAAUACAGGUGGAUUUUGGGAUGUGUGUUGUGCUCUGCCAUACUGCUUGUGGUGAUCUGUAACCUGCUCGGCCUCAGCCUAGGCAUCUGGGGGUUGUUUGCCAGGGAGGACCCCAGCCACUCCGAAGCCAGAGGCGAGGCUGGAGCCCGCUUCCUCAUGGCAGGUGUGGCCUUCAGCUUCCUCUUUGCAGCCCCCCUCAUCGUCCUCGUCUUUGCCACUUUCCUGGUGGGUGGCAACGUGCAGACGCUGGUGUGCCGGAGCUGGAAAAGCGGAGAGCUGUACGAGUUUGUAGACACCCCGGGGAACUUGCCUGCAUCCAUGAACCUGUCCUACCUUCUUGGCCUGCGGAAGAACAUCAGCGUCCUCCAGGCCUAUCAACAAUGUAAGACAGGGGCAGUACUCUGGAAGGUUCUACAGCUCAAUGACUCCUAUGACCUGGAUAAGCACCUGGAUAUCAAACAGUACACCCAAAAGUUCCAGGAGGAGCUUCAGAACUUCAAAGUGGAUGUGAAGAAUCUAGACCUGUUGAGUCCCGCUGCUCGCCGAGACCUGGAAGCUUUGCAAGGUAGCAGGCUGGAGAAAAUCCACUAUGGAAACUUCUUGGUACAGAUCCAGAAGCCUGUAGUGGAGACUGACAUGGAGCAGCUGGCGCGGGAGCUGGAAGGACUGGCCCAGGCUCAAAAUGACUCUGUACUGAAGCAGCAACUACAGGAGGAAGCCAGAGAACUCCGAAGCCUCUACCAGGAGAAGGUCGUCCCCCAGCAGAGCCUUGUGGCCAAGCUCAAUCUCAGUGUCAGGGCCCUGGAGUCCUCUGCCCCAGAUCUGCAGGUAGAUACCGCAAAUGUUCUUGGUAAUGUCACUCGUCUGAAAGGAGAGCUGCCUGCCCUGACCAGCCACAUUGUGAGGAAUGCCUCUGAGUGUUUCCUGACCAGGGAAAUGGGCUACUUCUCUCAGUAUGUGGCCUGGGUGAGAGAAGAGGUGACACAACACAUCGCCACCUGCCAGCCCCUCUCUGCAGCCCUGGACAAUGGCCAUGUGAUUCUAUGUGACAUGAUGGCCGACCCCUGGAACGCCUUCUGGUUCUGCCUGGGGUGGUGCACCUUCUUCCUCAUCCCCAGCAUCAUCUUCGCCGUCAAGACCUCCAAAUACUUCCGUCCCAUCCGGAAACGCCUCAGCUCCACCAGCUCCGAGGAGACACAGCUUUUCCAUAUCCCCAGGGUCACUUCCCUGAAGCUAUAGGACCCACUGUUUCUAACAGGCAAGGUGAUCCCUGGGGACUUCCUGUCCUUCUUUUGUCUCACCCUGGACCAGAAGAAUUGUCAUCCCCUUCCCAGAGUGCAGGCUGGCCUCUGGUGCUGGCCUGUCCCCUCUCCUUCUCCAGCUUCCCUGGUCCCACCUUUAUACUCCUCCCCUCAUGACCCAAAUCAUACUCAGCCCUUACUGAACUAUAGAGCCAACAGGUUCUUCUGGGUACCUAGCACUUGUCCUCCUUGCUGUGGUAUCCCAGCAACAGGGAGGGCCUCUUCUCCACCCAUGGGAGCUCCUUCUCCGGUCUUUAGGUGGACUCAGGUCCUUCCAUCUACCCCAUCUUUCUCCCUGCUUCCUGUCCAAGUCCCUUUCCCCU